AUGCCUCCGCCUCCCGACGAGGAAGGGCCUGAUGGCUCGUCCAUUAAGCCCGUCUCGUCCCUCCGAGCUCGCUUCGAGAACAUGGGCAAGCCCGUCGUCGUCGGCAGCCCUACCAUUGCAUCUCCCCAUCCCUCGCCACUUCCGUCGACGACUCUCAGCCGACCCAUCUCGCCGGCUCCGAAACCGGACCGACUACGUGGUCCCGCAUCCCCCAUACUGGGAGACCGGCCCUUUGCUCAGGCGCCGCCGCCGCCAAAACCAAAGCCACACGAUCCUUCGACCGCUUCCACUUCAGCAACUCCAGCAAGUCCAGCACACUCGCCAACAUGGCCUGUCGCAGCCUCAACACCCGACACCAGCAUCAGCAGCCUCAACCUGUCUGGCAACCCAGCCCUCUUGCGCCCUUCCAAUCGUCUAGGACCCCCACCACCGCUCAGCCCACGGCCCAUUGCGCCGCCCUCUCUGCUUGUUCAACCGCCGCAGUCACCUCCCAAAGGCCGCGCCGGCAACCUCGCCCCGUCCACCGCCGACCAGUCCAACUUCUUCCUCAACCCUGACUCCGUCGUCAAGGCACCGCUCUCCCCCUCCUCGUCGCCGCGCCUGCCCAAGAUCCCCAGCCGACCGCACACGCCCACGUCACUCGACGCCCGGAGGUCGCCACGGCUCUCGCCGUCUCAGCCGCCGUCACCGCCACCGCCGCGUCGGUCUGCCGAGCUCAAGCGUGAGCGGGACCAGCGGGACGUCGCCCGCGAUACUGCUAUUGUUGCGCGCGAUGCAUCAUCACACAAGGCUGCAGCACCGCCGCCCAUAAACCGGACCGACAAACCCAAGAUCCCCUCGCAGCAGUUCAAUCCCACCCCCAUUGUCCUGUCACGGGCACCCACUUCUCCAGCCGCCGUGUCCACGACUGGCUCGCCGCCCGGCAGCCGCAGCACGGCCGACAAGCUUUCUCCCUUCAGCACGCCGCCGAGCGGCGACGAGAUCAUCAACGACGACCAGCCGCCCAUGCUGCCUGCACGGCCACGCUCGCAGCUGCCUCCCGUCGAGCGCAGCCACCCCAAGCCGCGGCCGCGGUCCGUGGCUGCACCACCAACGUCCGACCAGGGUUCAACAGGUCAUCACAACGCGUUUGGACAUGUCCGCCAGGACAAAGCCUCCAACGGCGUCGGAGCGCGAGGACCCCUGUUUCCACAGAUUACGGGCAACGGCCACAUCGGCGUGGACACGGUUGCCCAACGCCACGAAAACGACGACCACCGAUCGGCGCGUCCACCUCUGCCAUCACGUCCGACGCCGGGCGCGAACAAUGCGAACAACGGCCAGCCGCCACGCGCCCAGAUUCCUGCCUCGACACGAUUACCGCCAAAACCGCCUCGCCCAGGAGUUGACACCCACGUCCCCACAAAUGGAGGUUCGAUGCACAGUGCCAGGAUCGCCGGCAUCGCCACUAGCGGUGCUUCAGGCUACGACACCCAGACGAUAUCCCCAUCCCUCGCAAAGCGCGUCGUGUCGAACCCGACCACGUCCACCCAGCAGUUCCCGCCGCCACCGACACGUACGCAGCACGGCCGCUCGAUGACCGUCGACCACCGCGCCACGCCCAAAUUCCAGUCCGACUUCCAUGGAUCCAAUGGCUCUCUUGUGCCCGGGCCGGGUCUCGCCUCCAUACGGAGCGGUACAUCCUCCCCAUCAGACAUUGCCAGCCGCAGCACGGACGCCCUCGUCGCCUUGAACUCGUCAUCCAAACCACAUGACAACCCGUCCGCCGCGUUCCCGGAUGCCACAAACGUCAACCGCCGGCCGCCCUUUGCCAAGCAGGGCCUGUCUGAGAUUAACACUCGACUUGACUGCCGCCAAGUGGACGUCUGUGGCCAGCGCGUGGUCACCACGGGCCAGCUCACGCGCGUCUGGAGUUUGGUCGACGGCGAACUGCUCAUGAGCUUCGCCCACGGCGAGGGCAUUCGGGCCACAUGCGCCGUCUUCAAACCCGGUGCUCACGUCGAUGACGAGGGUUUGCGCUUGUGGAUCGGCAACAUCACCGGCGAGCUUAUCGAGGCCGACAUUGCCACGCAAAGCGUCGUCGCUUCGCGACCGGCCGCCCACGCCCGCCACGAGAUCAUCCGUAUCCAUCGUCACUGCAACGAGCUGUGGACCAUGUGCGACGGUGGCUCCCUGUAUGUGUGGGGCCCCACCGAAGACACCGGCGUGCCGAGCCUGGCCAGCGGCCAGCAUCAGUCCUUUCGCCUGCCCCGCGGCCACACCUUCUCCAUUGUCGUCGGUGACGAGCUGUGGCAUGCCUCCGGCAAAGAACUGCGCGUGUUCCUUCCGACCGUCGACGGCACGGCCCAGUUCCAGGUUUUGUUGCGUCCACUCGUCCAGGACGGCGCCGGCGAAAUCACCUCGGGCACUGUACUCUUAAGCGAACCCGACAGGGUAUAUUUGGGCCACAGCGACGGCAAAGUUAGCAUCUACUCCCGCACCGACUACACUUGCUUGGGCAUGGUGAGUCUUGGGUCGUACAAGGUUAACACGCUCGCAAGCGCCGGGCCGUACAUCUGGGCCGGCUUCAACACCGGCCGUCUUAGCGUCUACGACCCGGCGUGCUCGCCGUGGAUGGUGAAGAAAGACUGGUCCGCCCACGAUAACCCCGUAGUUCGGCUGGUCUCCGACCGCGCCAGCCCCUACCGCACGGGCCAGAUGCAGGUAGUAUCACUCGGCGCCGACAACGUGCUGCGCAUAUGGGAUGGCCUACUGCAAGACGACUGGAUCGAGGAGGCUAUGCAGACGCGCGACAAGACGUACUGCGACUUUGACACUAUCCGUGCGCACGUCAUGACCUGGAAUGCGGGCGCCUCGACGCCCGGUAGCCUUCGCUACAGCGACGACGACGCCUCGUUUAUGCAGAACAUGCUGCGGGAUAGCGGCUCGCCAGACAUUUUGGUUUUUGGCUUCCAGGAGCUUGUGGACCUCGAGGACAAGACGGCCACGGCGAAGCGCAUCCUCAAGGUCAAGAAGAAGGAAGGGUCGGACCAGGAGCGCAUGAGCCACCAGUACCGCGACUGGCGCGAUUUCCUGGUGCGCUGCCUCGACGAUUUCAUGAACGGCGAGCUCUACCAGCUCCUGCAGACGGCACAUAUGGUUGGUCUGUUUACGUGCAUUUUCGUCAAGGCGGAUCUGCGCGACCGCAUCCGCAACGUGGCCAUUGCCGAGGUCAAACGCGGCAUGGGCGGUCUGCAUGGCAACAAGGGUGCCAUUGCCAUCCGGUUCCUGCUCGACGACACGUCCAUGUGCUUUGUCAAUUGCCAUCUGGCGGCGGGCCAGUCGCAGGCCGCCAGCCGGCACAACGACGCUGCGGCCAUUCUGGACAGCACGGGCCUGCCCAUGGAGCGCGACACCAACACGCGCAUCGACAGCUACAUUGGCGGCGGCGACGGCACCAUGAUUUUAGAUCACGAGCUGUGCAUCCUGAACGGUGACCUCAACUACCGCAUCGACACCAUGUCGCGCGACACCGUAGUGACGGCCGUCAAGGCGGGCAACCUUGCCAAGCUUCUGGACCGCGACCAGCUGCUGGUGGCGCGGCGCCGCAAUGCCGGGUUCCGCCUGCGCGCGUUCGACGAGCUCCCCAUCCACUUCGACCCCACCUACAAGUACGACGUCGGCACUGACAACUAUGACUCGAGCGAAAAGAAGCGCAGCCCGGCCUGGUGCGACCGCCUCUUGUUCCGCGGUGGGCACGGCGCCCGCGUGCGCCAGCUCGACUACCGGCGCCACGAGGUGCGCGUCAGCGACCACCGCCCUGUCACGGGCCGCUUCGAGUUGACCGUCAAGCACAUUGACGCCAAACGGCGCGCCGUCGCAUGGAUGGAGAUCCAGCAGCGCCUGGACGACCAUCGCGACAAGGUAUGCCACCAGGAAAAGAUGUACUACCUGACGCACAUUAUCGGCUACGACGAGGCGACAAGCGAGAACCUGAUUCGGGAGCGCACCAACCGGCGGGUUCGGCGGAGUCCGAGCCGGCACCGGGACUAG